CAGCCUCAGCUCUGGAAACAGGAUUCCACACGCACGCACAAACACACACACACACACACAAGGAGACUGCACCCGCUCACUUUUGGCCAAGGUUUAAAGAUGUUGGGCAUCUUUUUUGUGUUGCUCUUCUUUUGCAAUGCAACUCUGAGCAUAAAAAUCUGCUCCUUCAAUGUGAGGACUUUUGGAGAAGCAAAAAGAGCCAUACCUGAAGUCGUAGAUGUCAUUGUAAAGGUUAUUUCUCGCUGUGACAUCAUGCUAGUGAUGGAAAUAAAGGACACCCAAAACAAAACAUGCCCUUUUUUAAUGGAGAAGCUUAACAGUCUCUCAAAAGGAACAGAAAAAGAAUUCAAAUAUGUGAUCAGUGAACGAUUAGGAAGAAAAACCUAUAAGGAACAAUAUGCUUUCAUCUAUAGACCAAAACUGGUAUCAGUGAAGCAAACCUAUCAGUAUCCUGACCGUCAGCCUGGGGAUGAAGAUGCUUUUUCUAGAGAACCCUUUGUUGUCUGGUUCCAGGCUCCAAGAAGUGCGGUCACAGACUUUGUGAUAAUCCCUCAGCACACGACCCCCGAAACAGCUGUGCGAGAAAUUGAUGAACUCUACGAUGUCUAUUUAGCUGUGAAACAGAAGUGGAAAUCUAAGAACUUUAUCUUCAUGGGGGACUUCAAUGCUGGCUGUGGCUAUGUUGCAAAAAAACACUGGAAGGACAUCAGGCUGAAAACUCAGUCCGAAUUUGUGUGGUUAAUUGGCGACAACAAUGACACAACAGUUAAAGGGAGCACAAGAUGCCCAUAUGACAGAAUCGUGAUCACUGGAAAGCAGCUCAUCAACGCUGUUGUCCCAAGCUCUGCACAUAUCUUUGAUUUCCAGAAUGCUUUUAAUCUGACUGAAGAACAGGCUCUUGCAGUGAGCGACCACUUUCCAAUAGAGUUUGAGCUGAAAAUGAGCAGAAGUUCCCCACGAUCUUUUGCGCCCAAGAAAAGAGCAGCAAGGAAGAAUCACCACUUUUCAUCAUAAGUGCAUUGGAUCUUCUUAAUAUUAGAAUCUUCUUAAUAUUUCUCGUGAAAAUCAACAAAAAUCUAACAUGCACAACAGAGCUAACUUUUUUUUAAUUCCGCUUAAAUUUUUCUUCCCAAAUACAGUAUUUACUGAACAACUCCUAUAUCGUUUGUUUAAACACGAAAGCUAGGAAGAUGAAUGAAAUCUUUGGGUUUUUAUAACUAUUUUAAGCUAAGUAAAAAUAAAUGAACUAAAAUCAGCAGUGCUGGAUUCCAGUCAAGCUGACUACAACCUUAGUGAGGUAUUGUAAAAUUAAAUGCUUGCAUAUGACUCUACAUGUAAAGUUGUUGACUGAGAAGUCUAUGCUUAAAUAUUCCAGAUCCGUGUUUCUCAAACUGUGGUACAUGCAUCCCUGGAGGCAAAUGUCUAGAGGUAUGCAAGAGGAAAGGAUGAGAAAGCGUAACAAAGAAAAGGGGAAAUAUAAAUGGGGAAAAAGAAGAAAAAAGAAAAAAUGAAGAACAGCUUUAAAUCUCUCUGGAAUUUUGAAGAGGCUACACUGUGGUUGUAGGGGCAUACAAGGUUACUUUUUUAUUAUCCAUAGUAUGGUUUCAGAGGGGUGCGCAACAGAAUGACAAACUAAAAGGGGGACAUGACGCCAAACGUGUUUGAGAACCUCUGUUCUGGAGCUUUGAUUUCUGGAAGCCAUUUAAGUAACAAGAAAUUUAAGUGCCAAGUUCUCCUUAGGGCUUGGAGGGCAGCAUUCUCUUGUUCUGCACUUGCGGACAGCUGCUCAGCUGGUGUGAAUUUUCAUAGCUGUACUGACUUCAGUGGAGCAAGAACAAUUUACCCCAUCUGAGGUUCUGCCCUGCAGCUCUGACUCAGCCAUCACUCAACAUGUGAAGUAAAAAUGAAUCGGUCUCCAAACACGUUGGGCUUACCAACAAACAACUUCAAGGUAAACAGAUUAUUCCAACUUUUCUCUGUCUAAUCUGCAUAUAAAAUUAACUUUUCCAAACAGGAGAUUUUACCACAACUUCAAUUCUCCCAUGAAACAUGAACUUUUACAAUCUUCUCUCUGCUGCCUUAUGCGAAAGCUUGCAAUUAAAGAUUUUUUUUUGCAAAAAUCUUGUUGGUAUAAUAAAAGAGAUCACCUCU